AUUCGGUAUUCCGGGUGUCCUGGUCAGCACCCUGCUCAGCCCUAAUUGAGACACACCACGCUAAUGUAAAGCAUAUUUGGAUUUUAGAAAAUGGAGCACAUAGAAUCUUUGUUACGGAGUCACUUCAUAAAAUGCGUCUUUUUUUAAAAAGUUCAACGAAGUUUUUGACUUUGUAAACAUGCGAUGAAAAUCAAAGAUAGUAUUAGUAGUAGUAGUCUACUCGAUAGUAGUGUAGUGACAGUGAAUAUUGCUUAGUCAUUGGGAGGGCUUCGGCUACUUUCACCGUUAAGAUUGUAAGUAAUAAUUAGUUUAGGCUAAAGAAAAUAUUUCGACUAAUAAAAAAGAAUAUUUAUUUAGGCUAGCCAGGCCUAGAUUAGAACUAGAAAUAGAACUAGUUAACUUAACAGUACAGUAGUACAGUUUAAUAAUAAAAUUAAAAUGGUUAUUAUAUUAAUAAUUUAAUAAUUAAUUUAUUAUUUAUUUAUUCAAUUUAAAUAGACCCCAAGGUGUUUAAGGUGUUACGUAGUAAAAAAAAAUGUUCACUAUUUUGACUUUGUGAAAAAAAAAAUAGUGAACAUAAUCAAUAAUCAUAAUGUGUGAGAAAUGCGGACUGUCUACUGUCUGCUCAAAUAGUGGACACCUGGCAACCUUAAUUAUUAGUCACAAGUAGUAUUAUUUAAUUAAACAUAUUUAAACUGUUAUUCUUUUAUAUUUAUUGAUGUCUGUUAAUAGGACAGCAGAGAGAGAGAGGGCGAGGGUGACUAGGUAUUUGGUUGCAUAGAAACUUAGAAAGAUAUGGUGGGCAUUGUUUCUUGUUGAAGUACAGACUGAGGUGUGAUCACUUUACAUGAGUGCAUAGAGACAGAGAGAUAUAUCCUCCUGACUCACUUAUUGUAUGGAACGGAUGGUGCAAACAAAAAACAGAUCAGAACACUCCACUGAGGUCCAUCAUUGACCAUUAUUAAUCAUUAUACAUUAAAUUGUUAACAUUUUUCUUUUUUUUAAAUUUUAUCUUUGAUUAUUUGUAAAAAAAAGUAAAUGGGCAAAAAUAAAUAUGUACAAUGAUAGCAAUGGCAAUGUAAUAAAAAAACAUUUCCAUUUAUUUGAAUCAAUAAAAGAAUGUUUUUUUAUCAAUAAAAGAAUAGCCGCUUAAAUUAUAUCACUUCAAACUAGAACAACGCGAUUCUUUGAUAACUGACGCUGAAGUGGUAGAUUAUCUUUAAUUAUUAAAUUAAUUUAAUUGGGCUAACUGCUCUAAUUACUAAUAAUAAAUAAUAGGACAGACAGUGUCAGGGUGAGGAGAUUAUCUUGGCCGUUAAUUAGGGAUGAUUUUAGCAACUUUAUUGUUUCUUCAGAAAACAUGCAGCAAGAUCCACUACAGACCUGCUGUCACCACCUUCCCUUGCAUAGUCUCAGUUUUGGAUUUUUUAGACACUGCACACCAUAAAAUAUAAACAUUAAAAAAAGAAUUAUGAGAAUUUUUUUAGGUUAUGCAAUCUGAUGAUAGUGGCAUGCCACAUGGUGUAAGAUUUAUAGCACAUAACAAAUUGCGCCCUGGGAAACCUAAUGACACACAGUACUCAACUCACCAUGUAUAGUCACUUUGUAAAUAAUGGGCUUAAAACUAAACUAGUGAAAUUUAUCGCCAAGACUAGAGGGUGUUGGUAUUUAAUUUAGGCAUAUAAUAUUUUUAAUUUAGCCUACUUCUUCUUUAUUUUGAGGGCCCACGAUCAAUGAAUUGAUCAUUUUGGCUCCUAUAUUCUGGCCUACUUAUUUGUACCAAGGCUAAUAGGAAUAAGCAGCCUGGAAAAGUUUGGAAACACUAGUUUAUAGUUCAUAGUAGUUAAAAGUCAUACUAUAUUGUACUCAUAGACUAUUUCAUGAAUAAUGCAUAGGUUUAAUACAAUAUACAUUUAUUAUAUUUAAUAACUUAUAAGAAACUAAUAUUAUGUCUAUUUUACUGCUCAAUUGAACCUAAACUCCCUAUUCCUUUACUUGUGCCUACUCCCCAGCCCGCUAGUGGACUGCAUUGUAGCACACAAGAAACAUGUGUCGGCUAUGAAUGCCCCCACCUAUUUGCAGGACACUCAUAUUAAAAGAGCACCCAAACAUUCAGCAAAAAAUACAGAUUCACCAUUGCUUACACCAAACACCCAAAUGAAUGGGAUGGUAAAUUAACAACCUUAGUCUGCACCCCUGCCCCAAAUCUGUUCCAGUGUUGGAAAGUCUACUUUUUAAACAACACAUGCUACAUCUUUUUCCUGUUAAUAUACUCUCUCAAUUCAUUCUAAAAUUCUGAUAUGUCCCUUGCCAAUGGUGUACUGAUUUAUUUAAUGCCAGCCUUAAACAUUAUUUUUCAUUCACAGACAAUUAGAGAUAACUGUUUUAUAUGCUGAGGACAAAGCACUAUUUAAAUUUCUGUUGUGACUUAUGCAAGCAAUGGCAGAUACCGCCAAAUUAGAUCCUUGUUCUGGGUAAGAAGAUAAAUGAGAAUGUUCAAUGGAACAGGCUCACUGCUUUUUUUAAUUGUUGUGAGCAAAAAUCCAGACUGUAUAACCCCAUCAUAAAUGGCCCCCAAGGCAAACAUUAACUACUGUCAUAAUGCAGACUUUGUCAACCUGUUAGAAAGACUACAUUAUAAUUGGUUCUCAAGGCAACAGUGGGGUGAGAUGGUGAAGAAUAGUUAUUGAGGGUUGAGGAAUUAAAAUUGAUUUAAUGAAAAGGAUUCUGAUGUUUACACAAGUUAUGAAUGAUAUUAAAAUAUUUUAGAAGAGAUGAGAUUUUAAUUGCUUUUUAUUUUAAAAAAAAAAAUAACUUCAUGAUAAUGUUAAUUAAUUAAUUUUCUUUUUACCUAUUACAAGUUUAUGAUUUAGGAUGGGGAAAAUGUUACAAUUUAAUUAAUAGUAUUUGAAGGAAUGAAUGGAACAACAUUUGAGGUAUAAAACUAAAGAUAAAUGAGAGCUGAUUGUCUUGUUACACUUCAGUUUUGUGACUUUUAAAAAUAUUUAUGAAUUGCUUUUCACAGAUGUUGCACUGUCUACUACUGCAUAGCUGCUGUGACAACAUUGGGAGCUUUAUUUUUUUUUAGGUAACCGUUAUAGAUAUCAAAUAAUUUUGUUAUUAGUCAUAGUUUUCUGGUCAAACCCAACAGCUGUGGUACAAAGUUCAAGUGGCUUACUUCAGAAAGAUAACACCACCCUUAUAACGCAAACUGUUUGUUUUUUAAACAUUGCAUAUCAAACAUAUAAAUUGUAGGAGCCCUUAUCUGUUUUUAAAUGUUAUUUCCUCUCUAUUUUAACAAAAAGAUAGAUGAAUAUAUUUCCUCUCUAAAUGCACGAUAAGUCUAAAUAAUAUUGUAAAAUGUAUUACCUGUAUUCUAUUAAUGACAAUAAACAAACAGUCUUAGAAUCUAUCAUUGAUGUUAUUUUAAACAAUAAACCUGACAGACUCAUGAAAUAUAUCAAAGUCAUUUACAGAAACUCAAAUUAAGAACUUCCAGACUAAACAUGGAACAAAAUAGGGAAUAUUUAUAAAUAAAAAUAACAUAAUUACAAGAAGAGCUUGGCUCUGCAUUUACUCAUAUUUUGCCACAGGGACAAGUAAGCAAUUACGGUACGUCUUUUUGUCAAAUCGUUUGCGCCUUUUUGCUGUUUUGUUUCUCCUUAAUCAUGCAUGUGAUUUUGUUUUGUUUCAAAAACUUAUUAUUUACUCAAACAAAACAAAAUCAAAUUAAAUAAUAAAAAAUAUUUUUCACUAUUUAAUAAAAUCUCUUCCAAGUAAUUUCAAGUAGAUUCUUAAUUAUGUUAACAAUCAAAAGAUUUAAUACAUCAUGACUGACAAGUUUCAAACACUUAAUUACCCCUGAUCAAUAAAUACAAAUUUUCUAGGGGGUUCCGGCUCAGAAUUAUUUAUUGCAUUCAAAAUAUUAUGUGUGUUAAUGUUUUGGAAAAAUCAGUUAACUAUUUAUACAAGUUACUUAGUUACGGUCUUCCGUUACUCACACCUCAACAUACAAAAAAGCUCUGUCAAUCCAUUACCUAUUUGAAAGAGAUACUUCUCUCUUAAAUUUACAUGCUAUGCUUGUUUAGUUUAAAUGGAUCAAAUUACUCAUCAUUGUCACUUUAACAUAAGUCAAAAUAACGAUGCAUACAUCCUACACAACCAACAGGCAGAUGGAUUCAUUUCAAGCAGAACUGUGUGAGUCGGGCAGCAGUACUUAGUUUUUAAAGUUUGCCAACUAAAUGGAUUCUCAAUUCACUCUGUCGGACUUUUCGUUCACGCUGUCUGACCUAUUCGAUCACUCUGUCUGACCUAUUCGACCACUCUGUCAGACCUAUUCACUCACUCUGUCAGACCUAUUCGUUCACUCUGUCAGACCGAUUCGUUCACUCUGUCUGACCUAUUUAUUCACUCUCUCAGACCUAUUUAUUCACUCUCUCAGACCUAUUUAUUCACUCUCUCAGACCUAUUUAUUCACUCUCUCAGACCUAUUCAUUCACUCUCACAGACCUAUUCAUUUUCUCUGUCAAAAUAUUCCGUCCUCCAUGCACAUUCACAAUAUAACUUCAAAUCCAUAUUACAACAGUCAUGAUAACUUAAAUGGCUCCUCAAUAUAGACCAAGAAUGGUUAUUGGUAUUAUUAGCAUACACUGUCAUAAUUUGUGGAGAGCGGAAAGAUGUAAAGUUGACAUUGAGUCGUGGAUGAAAUAAGUCUUCGGGGUCUAGGGUUUCGUGAACCAAUGUUGUGUAUGCUCUUUAUCUUGAGCGUACUCAUACAUGAACAUAAUUUGACAAUGUUUUGCUGCCAACAACACAUUAUAGAGUUAUGAAUGUUUUUUUUCUUGUAAACUAAUAUACAUCCAAGAACAUUUUUACCUAUUUUUGCCUCACAUUUGUGCGUAUAUGUUUUGACUUGAUAUCCCAUGUAACCGUAUAAGUUGCAGCUGCUGCACUAGGAAACUUAAGGGCAGAGGCUUAGCUAGUGAGUGCACGAAAAUACUGUGCUGUAGUUGGUUGGGGGGGGGGGAUUUGAUGCCCUAAUCUUUUAAAUACCUUCUUUAAUUUUUAUGCAGAGGAUUUUUGGGAUCUGGUCAUAUUAAAUCAGGGGUCUCUAUACCUUCAGUCCCCACUGACCCCAAAAUUAAAGUAAUUAUAAAUGAAGAUUAUAUCAUGUUUGCUUGCCUUUUCAAAUUUAAAAAAUAAAUGUGUUUGAUUUUAGUAUGUUACAGAGUGAUUUAAGUGGAAUUGGAAGAUUUCAAGAUAUUGUUUUGUCUAAAAAUAUUAUUUUCUUUUAACAAUUACAUAGCUUUUUAAAAAAAAUUGCCUUCACUGUAAUCAGUUUUUGUGAAAAUAAAUAUUUGUCAUAAAUCUAUAUGGCAUAUGUUACAAAAGGUGAUUGCUGACAUUUGGCUUCUGCCUAGACUCUAUGGGUACAAUUUCUGAAUGCUUUCAUACUAUGCCAUGAUUUUGAAAUGUAAUUAAAUUGGCUUUAAUAUUAACAGUGUAAUAAAAUUAUUAUUUAUUAAGCAGAUCUUAACUUUAACUCAAUGAUAUUGACCAGUGCAUAACUUAAUACUAUUUUGACUGAAGCCCACAGCAGGCUAUAUCAUACAUUAAGUACACUACAAACAUAAGCAUGCCAUAGUACAUACAAUCAGGCUAUAUCAUACAUUAAGUACACUACAAACAUAAGCAUGCCACAGUACAUCCCAGUGGAAGUCUUCUGACACUAAAUAAAAACGUGCACACAAAAAACCACACAGUUUAGUAAAGACAAAAUUAUUUAAUAAAAUAAAAAAAUACAUUUUUACUCCCCCUUGAUUGUUGCUGGUUAGUAAAUUCGCUGUCAACUUAGAGAAAUGUAUCUGUAGGCACCAGGGUAAAGCUUUUCUUAUUAAUUAUUUGUUUUUUCUGAAAUUUAUUAAGUGACAUCAUCUUCAAUGAAGACAUUUGCAACAGAGCAAUGCUUUUCUUUGACCAAUGAUAAUUUGGCUGCAUGUUAUGGAAUCACAAUGUCAACCAAUGAGCUUUGAUGAAAACAUGAAUUUGUGCAUUCUGUGCAUACGAUUUUUAGAUGCCCUUGUGAAAAGUAAUGAUUUAAUUUUAGUUUGAAUCUAUUUAAUCUUUAGUGUUAUUCCUUUCUACAGGCAAUAUGUCAAAGGCCCAGCUUACAAAGGCAAAGAAAAGCUGAAUGGAAAGACUGUGAUUAUAACAGGGGCCAACACCGGGAUAGGGAAAGAGACGGCUAAAGACUUGGCAAGGAGAGGUAACGUGGCCCUAGAUAUUUAACUUACCCACACAAAAUGGGUGAAAAACAAACUUUUGAAAUGAGAAUGUACGAGCUCUCUUAUUUGAAGCUGUAUCUGUGGUGUGAUCGCUGUGCAGGCUACAGCUUCUUUGAGCCACAGGUGAGACCUGAGUACCUUGUGGGCUAGAGACCGACCGAAUUUCAGUUUCGGCGCCGAAAGUGGCCAUUUUAUCACUUUCGGCCAAGUUUCGGUUUCGGCCGAAACUGAAAAGUUAACUUUCGGCUUAAUUUCGGUUUCGGCCGAAAGAGAAAAGUUAACUUUCGGUUUUUCUUCGGUUUCGGCCGAAAUUGACUUAGACUUUCGGCCAUCCGGCCGAAAGUGACUCAGGUUUUCGGUCAUACUCAGCGAAAGCGAUAUUUAACAACAAACUUAGGGACAUUUAAGAACAAAUUAAGCGAUCUUUGAAAACAAACUAAACGAUAUUUAACAACAAACUAAGGGACAUUUAAGAACAAACUAAACGAUCUUUAAAACAAACUAAGCGAUCUUUAAGAACAAACUAAUCGAUCUUAAGGAACAAAAUCAAUUAUCUUUAAGAACAAACUAAGCGAUCUUUAUGAAAAAACUAAGCGAUCUUUAAACAAACUAAGCGAUCUUUAAGAACAAACUAACCGAUCCUUGACUACAAACUUAGCAAUCUUUGACAACAAACUAAACGAUCUUUAACAAUAAACUAAACGAUCUUUAACAACAAACUAAGCGAUCUUUAACAACAAACUAAACGAUCUUUAACAACAAACUAAAUGAUCUUUAACAACAAACUAAACGAUCUUUAACAACAAACUAAACGAUCUUUAACAACAAACUAAACGAUCUUUAACAACAAACUAAACGAUCUUUAUAAACAAACUAAGUGAUCGUUAUAAACAAACUCACCGAUCUUUAACAACAAACUAAACGAUCAAUAACAACCAACUAAACGAUCUUUAAAAACAAAUUAAGCGAUCUUUUAGAACCACAUUUUUUUAGAGACCCUGUUUAAAAAAAUAAUAUUUUGCAUUAAUCCACCCCCCCCCAGUUUUGCUUAAUUUUCUUCUACCGUACUAAUUUUUUAAAAAAAAUUGUAAAGCAAUUUAAAUUACUUUUAUAAUAAAAUGGUAAAAUCCAAAGUAUUCAUUAGACCAAGGAUCUCAAUUUCAAAUCUGGGGGGGGGGCAGGAGGUAGUGUCUGAAUGAGAGUGGGCCGCAUCAAGUUAUCCACAAAAAAGCGAUUACAAUUGUUACAAUCUGCUCAACCUUUAUAAAUAACAAUAAAAUCAUUAAGGGUUCUCAAGAACUACUCACUGUUGCCAGAGACCUGGCAUACAAAAAUAUGUAGAAAUAUUUUUUUUUAAAGUCAGAAUUAGACUAGUCGGUGAUAUUCGACUGAAACCGUCGCGGAGAGUCACGUUAUAGAUAUGAGAAUGGGGGAAACGGGCCGGCGCAUUUACACUAAACUUUUCUGCGGGCCGCAAAAUAUAGUCUUGCGGGUCACAUAUUGCUCACGGGCCGCGAGUUUGAGACCCCUAUAUUAGAUGUUUAUUUAUUAAUAUUUAUGAUUAUCUCAUUUUUUUUAUAAAAGAAUGUAAAUAUUUAUACUUUCCCCACAUCAUUUUCGAUGUAUGCAGAAUGUAUGCGGGAACGAAUUUCAAAAUAUCUUAAUGUUUCGGCUUCGGUUUCGGCCGAAAUUCAUUUUUAAUCUUCGGCCUUUUUUCGGUUUCGGCCGAAAGUCAUUUUUAAAAUUUCGGCCUUUUUUCGGUUUCGGCUGUAAGUCAUUUUAAACUUUCGGCCUAUUUUCGGCUUCGGCCGAAAUCAGAAAAUCACUUUCGGUCGGUCUCUAUUGUGGGCACUAAAGAUUGAUUAGUUACCCCAAAGUGGCACGACUGCUGCCCAAUCAGAAUUACUCUCCCUCCAUAAGCACCCCAUACUCUCCCUCCAUACACCAGUUUUAAGCUGUAUUUGAUGCAGAAAAAAGAUAAGAUAAAAUGCCCUUAUUGAUUCAAAUAAAUGGAAAUUUGUUUUGAUUACACAGCGCAGUAUUUCUGUAAAAUUGUAAAUGUUCAACCAUCAACCUUGCCACAACUACCGUGGCAUAUCAUUGCUCUCGAUUGCACGUGAUACUCACUAGAAUCCUGCUAAAACAUCUCAUUCUUGCCACAACUACCGUGGCAUAUCAUUGCUCUCGAUUGCACGUGAUACUCACUAGAAUCCUGCUAAAACAUCUCAUUCUUGCCACAACUACCCUGGCAUAUCUUUGCUCUCGAUUGCAUGUGAUACUCACUAGAAUCCUGCUAAAACAUCUCAUUCUUGCCACAACUACCGUGGCAUAUCAUUGCUCUCGAUUGCACGCGAUACUCACUUGAAUCCUGCUAAAACAUCUUAAUAUGUAUCUUAAGAAGAGUCUCCCACCAGAAAGUCAAUGCAUUGUCUGUAAAAAACGCAGAGCAAUUGAUAUGGUGUUUGCGGGCAGACAGAUACAGGAAAAAUGCCUGGAACAGAAUGUUGACCUCUUCUCCAACUAUUUAGAUCUGACCAAGGCUUUCGAAACUGUUAGUAGAGAGGGUCCUUGGAAGAUCAUGACCAAAUAUGGAUGCCCUAGAAAGUUCAUUUCAUUGGUGUGUCGUUAUGGUAUGCUGCCUGGGGUUUUGGAAAAUGGGGAGACAUUCCUUGGGGCAAAUAGCAUCAAAAAGAUUGUGCCCAGGCUCUAAUCUAAAUACUUUUCAGCCUCAUGUUUUCUCACCUUCAGAGAGUAUAACAUUGCAAUGGGUGUCUGAUACCGAAAUGAUGAUAAGUUAUUCCACCUCAAGAGGCUCCAUGUCAAAUCCCAGGUCCUGACAGAGAUCAACAGACUUCCUGUAUGCCAACAAUUGUGCCCUAAAAGGCUGGAUCAGAAGCAGGUAAGCAACUCAGUGUUGCUUAUUUCUUCAAUGCCUGCACAAGUUUCGGUCUCACCAUUAACAUGUAAAAGACUGAGGUCCUGUACCAGACAACUCCUUAAAAACCUUAUGCUGAGGCCAACAUUCAAGUAUGUGGUGAAAGGCUUAAAGACAUAAACAUCUUCUCUUACCUUGGCAGCAUACUGUCCCAAGGUGCAACCAUGACAAAAGCCAGUGCAAACAAUGGCAAAACAUUUAAGGCUAUAUGGACCUGGAGAAGUAUCAGCCCUCAAAUCAAAAUGAAAUUAUACAAGAUAGCUAUGCGUCUCUAUGCCUGUCAAAUGUGGACGGUCUAUCAACGCCAUGCAAGAAAGUUGAACCACUUUCAUACAACAAGUCUCAGAAAAACCCUCAGCCUCAAAAUGGCAGGACAGGGUCCCGGAGACUGAAGUCCUUGCACAGGCAGGUCUCCCAACUUUUCUGGGUGGGACAUGUGAGAAUGUUGAGACGACUGCUUGUCAAAAAUAAUAUCUUAUGGUAAGACGCUUUAAAGACAUCCUUAAAGCCUCAUUUGAUAUAAACCUGGACACAUUGGAAGAAUUGUCAAAGGCUCGAUCAUCUUGGCAUUCCUCUUUACACAAAGGCUCCAUACAACAUAAAGCCAACAGAACAACGGCUGCAGAGGGCAAAAGAAAUGUCAGAAAAGUGCGGGUCAACUUUGCACCUGGAGAUGUCCAUCAAUCCCCUGCCCUUACUGCACAAGAACAUCUCAUACCAGAAUCGCUCUCAUCAGCCAUCUGGGCACCCACAGCCAAAUGGAGAACUAGCACUAGUAUUAUGAUUAAAAUGGCCAUGGUUGAUUUCGACUGACAAACUAUAGAUCUUAUUUUGAGUAUCCUACUUCAAGGAUUCCCAUAUAGAAAAAUAUGACCCCUAUAACCUACAUAAACAUCUUAUUUUAAGUGAGAUAAAAGCUUUAAGCAAUAAAGAAUAUAAAUAAAUAUUUAAUAUAUUUUUACCUAUGCCACAAAAUUGUAACAAAACUGCAUGCUACAUGGACUACAUUUUCAGAAUUACUGAUAAAUAAUAGUUUCCUUUUCAGGAUUUGACUAUUGAGUUUUGUAAUGAAAGUGAGACACCUUUUGUUCUAUUUAAAUUAAUAUAAUUUGAAUAUCUUUAUCAACAUCAUCCUUUGUAAGGAAAAUUUAUCUGGGAAUGCUUUAUACUUGAGAACCAUUUGCCAUAAGAAGUUUCCCGAUAAGUUUUCAAAGCUUCAAUCAAAGUUUAAAGAAUGAAUAUGUUUCUAGGUGGAAGAAUCAUUCUUGCCUGCCGUGACAUAGAGAGGGCGAACCAAGCGAGGGAUGAAAUAAUACAAGAAACGGACAACAAUAACGUAGUUGUUUACAAGCUGGACCUUGCCUCCUUUGAUUCAAUCAGAGAAUUUUGUAAAAAAUUUAAUGAAAGUAAGUUUUUAAAUUUAGAAAGAGCUAUAAUUAGCCAUACUAAAAGUGGAUGCACCUUUAGUUAGCUUCCCAUCAACUAGCUCCCCAUCAACCAGCUGCACAGUUGUGGGUGUGUGUGGUGGGGGGAGAGGUGUGGAGGCUAUAAUACAUGUAUUCGAAUGUAAAAUGCUAAUUCAUUGUCAGAAUUAUUCUAUGGAAAGCAAUGAAUAAGAUUUGCUACAUAGUGACCUUAAAGAGAGUGGGAAUAAGAUGUCAUGAAGUUGAAGAAAUUGCUCAGGACAGGAUUAAAUGGAAGAUGGACCAUAAGCUUAUGGGAUUGCUUCUGGCAAAGACGAUAUAAUCGUUUGUUGUGGAAAAUUAAUAGAAAAUAACCCUGCUGAACAAAAUUUAUAUAUUUAACACACAAAUGUAAAAAAAAAAUAUUUUUUUAAAUUUUCAUUCUCAAGCGGAAGAACGGCUGGACAUUCUGAUCAACAACGCUGGUGUUAUGAUGUGCCCCAGGAUGCUUACCCAGGAUGGAUUGGAGAUGCAGAUUGGUGUCAACCAUUUUGGUAUAUUAGUUAGGGUUUGACAUUCUGACCGUUUUCUAUUGCUGUUUGUGUAAGUCAAUAUCCAUAAACAAUUCUUGACAUAACAUGACAAAGUUAAUAAAAAAUAAAAUAGGAAGAGUAAUCAAGGAAGAAUGGGCUGCUGCAUUAAAAUAAAAGUAGUUGAGAUCAUCAUCAUGAUGUCCAAUUGAACAUAUUCAAUAGUAAUGAUUUAAUGAAACAGUAUUUUUAGUUUUUUAGAGCAGGUUUGUGUGCAUGAUGCCUUUAAACAUAAAUCAGUCCAACCAAAUAAAAAAUAAUUAAAACAAAGAAGGAUUAAAGAAGGAUUUACUUGCAUUAAAUAGCAACGUUUAUUAACUUUUUAUUUAUGAUUUAUUCCAGUUACAUGUCAAUGGGUUUUUUAAUUGUUUUGUUAUACCAAGGUCAAUGCAAAACAGUAACUCUUAUUUUGAUCUCAGAGUACGUGACAGUGAAUUAAUUUUUUUCCCAGGCCAUUUUCUGUUGACCAAUCUUCUGUUAGACAAGCUCAAGCAAUCCGCUCCUAGUCGAAUAGUCAUAGUGUCAAGUACCAUGCAUAUAACAGGAAAGAUCAACUUUGAGGACAUCAACAGUGACAAGUAUUACAGUUCUGUUUCAGCAUAUGCUCAGAGCAAACUUGCAAAUAUUUUGCACAUGCGGGGCUUGAUGAAAAGAUUAGUGGGUAAGUUGUCACAGUCUAUGUCUUAUCUCUAAAUUAUGACGUUUUGUUUUAACAAUCUUUAUAUGUGUAAUAAAAUAAACAGGACAACAAAUAUCUGACAUGUUUUACAUAUUGGCAGUGUACAGUGUCUCCAGAGUGAAAUAAUUCUGAAUUUUGCUGUGGUCACCUUUUGCAUGUGACAUUAUUCAUAGUUUGAUUUCUUGUAAAUUUAUUGCUUUUUAUUUAUACCAUAUGCCAGUGAGUAGAAUACUCACUUUCCAACUUUCCAUGCACUUGAGACUGGGUUUGAUUCCAAGUCACACCCAAUUGUCUUAAGGUAUUUUUGCUAUUUCAUUCUUAAAAGUUAUUACAUUUAAUGUCAAACAUUGUCAAUAAAAAGGUCUUUUAUUUCUAUCAUUUUGACAAAUGAUUUCUAGUUGUUUUGUAAAUUUUAUAUAUAUAUAUAUAUAUAAAAUUAAAUACCAUUUUUUCAAAAUACCUGUAGUUUUUUUAAUGCCAAGGAUAAAUGUUGUUUAAACGUAUUCCACGAUUAAAAAUUUAUUGUGUCAGAAGUAGCAUUAAAUGGAUACCGAAUCUUUUAAACAAAUUUAUGUUUUAUAGACCCCAGUUUUGAAAGGUUGGAAAUAAAUUUAUGAACAUGACAAAUUUGUUCAUUUUACAAACAACUGUUCUGUGCCAACAGGAACCGGUGUGACAGUCAACAGCCUUCAUCCAGGGGCAGUAGACACAGAGCUACAGCGCCAUCUGUUCUUUAGUUAUCUCCCCAUUGCUAGACAGCUCACUUACCCAAUCAGAUCCCUCUUCUUCAAGACACCAGUUCAAGGUGCCCAGACCACGCUGUACGCAGCACUAGAUCCGUCUUUGGAGACUGUCUCAGGAAAAUAUUUCAGGUAAAGUCUUCAAUAUUUAGCAAGGACCAACACCGGUUGGUUGUUAGUUUUUAUAAUACUCACCAUUUCAUUUCUCACUGCCAAGACUAUGACUACUUUAAUUUGAUUCACUGAUUCCUUGAUCUGUGAUCAUCCCAGGGAACUUGAACAUCAACAGUGAAGGCUCUCAAUCAUACUUAGCAUGCAAUUUAAACGUUAUUUUAAAAAUGCAUUUCUUGUCCCAGAAAGAACGCUGCCUUUCAAUGUCAUGUCCAUCCAUAUCUAGUCUUAUUACAAUGUCAUGUGCAGCCAUAUCUAGUCUUAUUACAAUGUCAUGUCCAGCCAUAUAUAGUCUAAUAACAAUGUCAUGUCCAGUCAUAUAUAGUCUAAUAACAAUGUCAUGUCUAGCCAUAUCUAGUCUAAUAACAAUGUCAUGUCUAGCCACAUCUAGUCUUAUACUAAAUGAAGAUUAUUUCUGAGUGUGUACAAAUAAUGUAUGCUACUAAUUUAUUAUUUUUCGGACCUUGAUGGUUAAAAGACAAAUUGUCCCUAUAUAGAGAGACUUUUCUAAUCAGUCGUUUACCCUAUAGUUUUAAUUCUCUAUCCCAGCCACUGCCGUGCUAGUCGCUUUUUAACAAAGUAUUUUAUUUCUCUGUCCCAGCCACUGCCGUGCUAGUCGCUUUUUAACAAAGUAUUUUAUUUCUCUAUCCCAGCCACUGCCAUGCUAGUCCCCUUUUAACAAAGUAUUUUAUUUCUCUAUCCCAACCACUGUCAUGCUAGUCCCCCUUUAACAAAGUAUUUUACUUCUCUAUCCCAGCCACUGCCGUGCUAGUCCCCUUUUAACAAAGUAUUUUAUUUCUCUAUCCCAGCCACUGCCAUGCUGUCCCCUUUUAACAAAGUAUUUUAUUUCUCUAUCCCAGCCACUGCCGUGCUAGUCCCCUUUUAACAAAGUAUUUUAUUUCUCUAUCCCAGCCACUGCCAUGCUGUCCCCUUUUAACAAAGUAUUUUAUUUCUCUAUCCAGCCACUGCCGUGCUAGUCCUCUUUUAACAAAGUAUUUUAUUUCUCUAUCCCAGCCACUGCCAUGCUGUCCCCUUUUAACAAAGUAUUUUAUUUCUCUAUCCCAGCCACUGCCAUGCUGUCCCCUUUUAACAAAGUAUUUUAUUUCUCUAUCCAGCCACUGCCGUGCUAGGCCCCUCUUAGCAAAGUAUUUUAUUUCUCUAUCCCAGCCACUGCCAUGCUAGUCCCCUUUUAACAAAGUAUUUUAUUUCUCUAUCCCAGCCACUGCCGUGCUAGUCCUCCUUCCAAAAGAGCUUUGGAUGAUGAGACAGCUGAAAAGUUAUGGCAGAUAAGUGAAGAAAUAACUAAAGGAGAAAAAUAACAGACACGAUUCAAGGCAGAAAGGAACUUGAGAUGUCAAAUAGUUCACUUUUUUUUCUUUAAAUUAUUUUUGCACUUUUAAAAGUUUUUUUAUUUUUAUUUUGUAAGAAAAUCCACUGAAAACAAUUAACAUUUUCUGGAAUUUAAUUUAGAAGUCUGAAUCAACUGUUUCUUUUUUUUCUCUUUCUACUUUGUUUUCUUACUUUUUAUAAAUCUUUUCAACCAAGUCUUUAAUAUUUUGUGUUUUGAAUUUUACAACAAAUUGAUGGACAAUUUUUGUUGUUGAAAAUGACACUUUUUUCCCCUCUAAAGAAACUACCUUUUUUUAAAAACUGCUUGCCUUAAAGUUUUUUCAUAUUUUGGAAAGUGAAGGUUCCUUGCAGAAAGUUUUAAUUGUUUCUACAGAAAAUCAAUGGUGGUAAUUUUUUAAUUUUUUACAUGUACUUAAUUUCUUAAUUUUUUUAAAAAGAUAUUGUUAAAGAUACAAAUUGUGCAGACUCAUCCUUAUAAGUAUCUAUGCAGACCCCAGGUUGUGAAAUUGUGACCUCUUUAAUGUCUCACCAUGGGUUGUUUCAUCAUCUACAUCAUGGUAGUGGUUGGAUCUUGUUUUAAAACGUCAGGCUGAGUUUUUUCUUUCUUUCUCUACAUGUCUGUGAUGAUGUUGAGACGCUUAUUUCUAUUUUACAUUUUUUCCAAAGGUUGUGAAAUACUUUACUUUCUUUUUUUAAUUCACUUUAUUUAGUGAGGAGACAAAUUAUUACUUCCCUCUUGGGUUAAAAUGUCAUUGAGUGAGCAAAACUAUAAUGAACUUACCUCUGAGCACUCUGGUAUUAAUGAGCUUACCUCUGAGCACUCUGGCAUUAAUGAGCUUACCUCUGAGUACCCUGGCAUUACUGCAUCUGUGCUGAGUUGGAUUUAGAGACACCUAUAUUUUUUUAUGCCGACCUGUAUCCUCAUUUGGAGACCUUCCCUUAACCCAGUGAUUUUACUGUUGAGAUCCAUUGCAGCGUCAUUUUAGUUUUAACAGUGUCUCCACCUUUAGAUCAGUUGUUUGGUGAUAUGGCUCGGCAUCCAGACCAACUAUAACCAUAUUUUUCUGCCAUCAAUCAAUAAGAGAUUAUUUAUUUUUGUUUUGCUGCAGUGUAUGCACAGUGAAAACUGAAAUAAACAAUUACCAUGAAUCAAACUACUUCUGGAAUGUAUUUUUAGCUAAAUAGAAUGAUGACGGUAUAUGUCAUCAUACCCACAAUAACAGUUGCAAGUGUUCCCUGCCAAACCAACCUAUCAUUUGUGCCUUAUCUGGGUCGACAGUCUUUUAUUGUGCCCUGUACCAGAAUUAAAGCCGGUUCUUCUAUGCAUAUUUUUACAUUCUUUAAUAAAUUAUACAUUUCAGCAUCCGUUUUAUGCUCAGACCAUUAAUGUUAAUGGGUUAAUCAAUCAACUAUUUGAUUCUAUUUGUGUUUUUAUAAGUGGCAACAUUUCACAUCGGAAUAUAAAGAUUAUCCUUUGAUUACACGAUGACUUUGUUAUCAAUUAAAUAUAUGGAGAGGCAACCACCUCCUUCUCCUACCUACUCUGGCUCCUUCCAGAAGUUGAUUGUGAUACUUACCUUUGAAAUUUUGUUUUGAGACAAGCUCUGAAUAUGAUUGCCUCGCCACAUGACACAACGACCUACCUGUUAAUUAAAAUUUUAUCAUUAAUUUUUUUUUAUUUCAGAACCGAAAAAAUGUUUCAAUUGAUGAUGAUCAAUUUUCAGUUAAUUCAUUUUUAAAAUAUGUUUGUCUUAUGUUUUGUUUAUAUUCAAAUGUUGAUACUACCUCUUACGUCUGGUGAUUAUUUAUAGUUAUAUAUAUUAAUGAAAUGAACUUUAACCCCCACUUUCAACAAUAAUUCAUUGGGAACAAGAAUGCAUAAAGACUAUCUUACUUAGGCUGUUAGCUUAGUAGCACGGGCAUCCUAAGCCCAGGCACACAUCACUGGUCAGUGUAGCCCACUUGAUGAACUAUUUUACUCUUUUGAGUUAGAGCUUAGUGUUAGACUAUGUUCCCAGGGAUAAAUGAAUGAAUGUUAAAGAAUUUUACCAUUUCAAGUAAAACUGACUAUGGGAGAUUUUAAUUGCCCAUAAAAUCAAAGCUUAUAGAUAGCAAUGAAAUGUGUCUCCCAACCUAUACUAUGUAUACUAUGCACAGUGCUGUAUCCAAAUGUGAAAAAUGUUGAUCUCUUUAGUUAUUUGUUUUGCAAACCAACAAUACAUUUCAUGGGAACAGUUUUACAAAGAGACUAUGCAUUUAUUUUAUGAUAACAUAAAUGGUUGUUGUACAAGUGGAAAGAUGUAUGACCUGUAAAUGAAUUCCUUUAACGCCAUACAUAUUAGCAGAAUUUUUUCCUUGUUCAUUUUUUUUAUGAUUUUUAACUUUUGUCUUAUUUCAUAUGCAGCUUUCAUUUAUAUGUUGUGAUCCAAGGAUUUGUUGGAAUGUUCUUCAAAACAAUUUUAAUUAAGGUAUUAUUUGAAGUGACCCCAGCUAUCAACUUUCUGUCUGAUGGUAUCUGAGCAGAGAUUAAGCUAUGUGGUCAAACAAUCCUGAAGCCAAAACAUUUUAAUUUCAUCCCAAUUAAAGUAUUUGUUGAAAACCAACUG